GAAUUUUCUUAUUUAUAAUAAAUUUCGAAAUCUCAAGGAAAGCAUCAAUGGUGGAAAGCUUGUGAUAGAACAACGACGACGACGAGUGUAGUAGCUAGCUCUGUACAAUAACUAGAUCGCAGAUCUCAUUCAUCGAAUCGAGAGAUUCAGAUCUCGUCAUCAAAAAUCGAGAUCUGAUCCAAAAAAUGGAGAAAACGGAGAGCGAGAAGAAGCAGUCGUCAGUCUCCGACGUCGGAGCAUGGGGGAUGAACAUCGUAAGCUCCGUUGGGAUCAUCAUGGCUAAUAAACAGCUCAUGUCUUCCUCCGGCUUCGGAUUCAGCUUCGCGACGACGCUAACGGGAUUCCACUUCGCGCUCACGGCGCUUGUUGGUAUGGUGUCGAACGCGACGGGGUUAUCUGCGUCCAAGCACAUUCCUCUCUGGGAGCUUCUUUGGUUCUCUAUUGUGGCUAACGUCUCCAUCGCUGCUAUGAACUUCAGUCUCAUGCUCAACUCUGUUGGAUUCUACCAGAUCUCGAAGUUGAGUAUGAUUCCGGUUGUAUGCGUGAUGGAAUGGAUACUACAUAGCAAGCAUUACUCUAGAGAAGUGAAGGCUUCUGUUAUGGUUGUGGUUAUUGGUGUUGGCAUUUGUACUGUGACUGAUGUUAAGGUUAACGCCAAAGGUUUCAUUUGUGCUUGUACUGCCGUCUUCUCCACUUCUCUCCAGCAGAUUUCAAUAGGCUCUCUGCAGAAGAAAUACUCAGUGGGUUCCUUUGAGUUGCUGAGCAAAACUGCUCCAAUCCAAGCACUUUCACUCCUUAUCUUUGGCCCAUUUAUUGACUAUUUCUUGAGCGGCAAGUUCAUCACUACUUACCAGAUGACUUAUGGUGCCAUUUUUUGCAUUCUUCUCUCGUGCGCAUUAGCUGUUUUCUGUAACAUAAGCCAAUACCUCUGCAUAGGAAGAUUCUCUGCAACAUCGUUCCAAGUUCUAGGCCACAUGAAAACAGUCUGCGUCCUCACUCUAGGAUGGCUUCUCUUCGAUUCCGAGAUGACAUUCAAGAACAUCUCCGGGAUGGUCGUAGCUGUUGUCGGAAUGGUGAUCUAUAGCUGGGCGGUUGAUUUAGAGAAACAGAGAAACACAAAGUCAACUCCUCAUGGGAAAAACAGUAUGACAGAAGAUGAGAUUAAGCUACUCAAGGAAGGAAUAGAGCAUAUCGACUUGAAAGACGUUGAGCUUGGUGAGACUAAAGUAUAGUUACAAAUGUGUGUGUGUUUUAUCAUUUUUCAAAUUACACGUCAAAUACUUUAUUUUUUCAAGACUAUAAAAGUACAAAAUGUUUCUCUCAUCAUACGUUAUUCAAUUUACUAGUCUUAUUCUUUUCGACAUUCUAAUAGCAUUUUGGACAUUGUGAAGCCAAUAAUCUUUAUUUGGUUAACAAGGCCCAUUUAAAAUUAGCGAAUGUCGCAUCCCCCGUAUACAGAUUUGUCAGCUGAACCAUGUGAUUUUAAUCAUUUUCUCAAAUGAAUUAUCAAAACAGAUAUUUUGUUUUAUAUGCUAUAGUUUAAUGGCAUCAAAACUCUAACAAGGACCAGUUUUCCAAAUGUAUUCAUUUUCGUAGAGAAGACAUGUAACUCAGGACAUGUGAUGUGUGUAUUAUAUAAUACAAGAAAGUACAUGUGAUGUGGUCUAUGAGUAAAAGAUAAGUUAUAUUCAAUGAAACUGG